UGGGACCCGCGCCUGCACCGCAGUCCGGCCAGCCUGCUCCGCGCCCGCCUCCUGCUCUGCUCGCCAGCCCCGCGUGCCCUCGCUGCCGCCGGUCUGCGCCCCUCGACCCUACGGGCACCAUGCACCUCUCCCAGCUGCUGGCCUGCGCCCUGCUGCUCACGCUGCUCUCGCUCCGGCCCUCUGAAGCCAAGCCCGGGGCGCCGCCGAAGGUCCCGCGAACUCCGCCGGGGGAGGAGCUGGCCGAGCCCCAGGCUGCGGGCGGUGGACAGAAGAAGGGCGACAAGACCCCUGGAGGCGGCGGCGCCAACCUCAAGGGCGACCGGUCUAGACUGCUCCGGGACCUGCGCGUGGACACCAAGUCUCGGGGGGCGUGGGCCCGCCUUCUGCACGAGCACCCCAACGCGCGCAAAUACAAAGGAGGCAACAAGAAGGGCUUGUCCAAGGGCUGCUUCGGCCUCAAGCUGGACCGGAUCGGCUCCAUGAGCGGCCUGGGAUGUUAGAGCGGCGACCCCUGGCGGCGGAUUGGGAACUUGCUCCAUUGUGCUGAGGUCAUCCUUGGUCAUCAGCCUCCCGGCAUCUGGAAGCACUUCCAACGCAAUGUGGCUUUUACAUUUCUUUUUUUUUUUUUUUCCUGGUACUGGGAAUACACAACACCAGCUGUCUUAUUAUUUGGGGAGGGGGGUAUGAGUUUAUUGUUUGUUUUUUUUGAAAAUGAAAAAUAAAAAGUUUAUAUUAUAUAUAUAUUAUAUACAUGAAACACGCACCUACACCACGUGAUGACAAGGGACAGUUUUUAAGAGACUGACAAAACCAGCUGUAAAACAUUGCUGUUUGUAAAUUCAUGUCAUGCCUAAAUGUAUUUAUGUUGUAAAGCUAUUUAUAUUGUUUAUAAAGAGAUAUUUAUAAAAAUUUUAUUUAUGUAACUAAAUGAAAGAAGUCAAUCAUUGUAAUGUUUCUGUCUUAACUAGUUGGAAAAUGUAAAAAAAA